AGUGGGAGGCAGGACUGACAUCGCAAAGCAGUGCUGCAACAUCCAGCGAGUCGGGAAGCUGGGAUUCAUCCUCACCCAGUGUCCAUCUGCGGGGUUUAACUGGGAACCAGACUGAAGAAAAAGCACAGGACUAUACUGACCGCCGACAUGUCUGUGGGGAACGACUUUGGAAACCCUUUACGGAAAUUUAAACUUGUUUUUUUAGGCGAACAGAGUGUUGGGAAAACCUCCCUGAUCACACGCUUCAUGUAUGACAGCUUCGAUAACACGUAUCAGGCAACCAUCGGGAUCGACUUCCUGUCCAAAACCAUGUACCUGGAGGACCGGACGGUGAGGUUACAGCUGUGGGACACGGCGGGUCAGGAGCGCUUCAGGAGCCUCAUCCCCAGCUACAUACGAGACUCUACUGUGGCCGUGGUGGUGUAUGACAUUACAAAUGUGAAUUCCUUCCAGCUGACCUCCAAGUGGAUCGACGAUGUCAGGACAGAGAGAGGAAGUGAUGUCAUCAUCAUGCUGGUUGGCAACAAGACAGACCUGGAGGAGAAGAGGCAAAUCUCCAUCGAGGAAGGAGAGCAGAGAGCUAAAGAACUGAACGUGAUGUUCAUCGAGACCAGCGCUAAGAGCGGCAGCAACGUCAAACAGUUGUUUAGGCGAGUGGCUGCAGCUCUGCCUGGAAUGGAGAAUCUGGAUGAGACGAACAAGGAGGGCAUGAUUGACAUCAAGCUGGACAAAGCGCAGGAGCCUCCUGCCAGCAACAGCAGCUGCUCGUGUUAGUACAGCGCCCCCUCAUGGACACCUCCACUCACACACCUGCUCGUUCUGUUGCUUCCCGCGGCUCAGCAUCCCGACUGGACGCAGGCUUCUGACAUCCGACUGAACUGACAGUGAUUAAAGCUUUCUCUCUCUCUCUCUCUCUCUCUC